AUGUGGCACCGCCCGUGGGCCCUUUUGCCGCGGUACGUAUUCUUUUGUUUGGCCGCUGCAAGUACUCAGCGGCGCUUUCAAGGGCGGAUUCCAAGCAAAGGCUAUCGUAUGCAGCCUACAGUGCCUGAUAGGCUGAAAGAUGCCGUGAGCCUUUUUGGCGCUGAUGCGCACAAUGUGACACCUGAUGACCCGCCGUAUGUGCCUGAGGAGCAACGGAUGCACAUGACCAAAGAAAUUAUGGGCAGUAAUCAAAAUAUGAAGAAUCAUGGAAAGCUAGAUCGAUUAAGAGCUGCAUUGGAUACAGUACACAAUGAGGGACCUGAACACGAGGGGUGGAAGGAGGUCUAUCUUUUUCUUCGCACUACUGAGAUGUGUUGCGAGCUUGAGAAGGAUCCGACAGAUUUAUUUCCCAAAGGGAAGAAGUUGUGGAUUAACUUAGAUGAGUGUGAGGAGAGACGACGUCCUGUGUUAAUGCAGAUGCCUAAUGGUAUGCUUGUGUUACCGGUUUUCUCUAUGGAAGAGUACCUCGAUCACUAUUUUUGCAGAGUAGACGCGUUUGAGUCUUGCUGGUUUCCUAUUCCUAGGAUGGGCACUCGAUUUGAGGAGUUUUGUCAUUUGCCUUUUCCAGUAACAGCCGUUGGAAGUAUGCAACACUUCAGUGCUCUUGCAACUGUUGCGUUGCGGUCCUCCCAGUUUGGCAUCCUUGUGAACCCCGGGCAGCGUACUAGCAAGUUCAUCACGUACCCAGAAAUGGUAGAGCUUGCCAAACAGCGAAGUAUGCGGCCCAAAGAGCGUAACACCGAUUUAAAGCGCAAAUCCAAUGGAGUGGAAGAAGAUAUAUUUGAUCGAAGCUUUCGUUGUGGAUUUGACACCAGAAAACUUGUGAUGAGACGCGUAGAGCCGGUUGAGUUGGAGGAGUUGCUUCGUCAUCGACCAAAGAUACCACCGGUGGCACAGUUGGAGUUGCAUCUUCUUCUUUUUGAAUAUGAAUCAAUAUCAAAGGUCUUUGUAAGCACCGUGGAUCGCCCACGUUGGCGCCGUGUGUUUAGUGCCUCUGAGAAAAUGACGCGGAUUGAUGUGGUUAUAGAAGGUGGGAGGCCGGAUCGUGCGAUCUUUGAGCGUAUCAAAAAAUGGAGUUAUAUGGGGGAGUUUCAUUCCGACGUGCACGUUGAGUUUACGGCGGUGUCACCCGAAGCAAGUAAGGGAGAUGAAAUGCAACUUUUUUAUGAUUCUUCGGAUGGAAAACUUUUGCGUGGCAUGAAGGCUUUUCGCGGGAUUACGAUUCGGAGGGCGAUUGGCUAUGAUGAUCCUCUUCUUGAUGCCCACGGCAAUCCGGUUGCCUUCACAGCACGAGAGUAA